UUACAACUUUGUUUGUUGUAGAAAACUAUCAAUUAUUGUAGAUCACUUAAUCUCAGAAAAAUUUCUCUAACUUUUCUUAAAGAAUAUAAGUUGUUUUGUAAAAUAGAAUCUUAGAGAAUAGAAUAAAUAAGGUUCUACAUCAAGAUAUCAUGUUAAAAUACACCUAAAAAUAAACUUUAUAAAUAAUUUAAUUAAUUAAAAAAUAAUCGAAUUCUCAAAUAAUUAAAAGGUAAAGCAAGAAAGUAGAAAGUAAAUAGAUGUAAGCUCAUAAAAUAGCUACUAUAGGAGGAGGAUGCUUCUGGUGCACUGAAGCUGUUUUUAGAAGAGUCAUAGGAGUCUCUGAUGUAAAAUCUGGUUAUGCUGGUGGUAAUGUUGAUAACCCUACAUACAAAUAAAUUUGUGCUGGAAAUACUAAUCAUGCUGAAGUGAUUCAAUUACAAUACAAUCCAAGUGUUAUUUCUUAUGAUAAUAUUUUAAGAAUAUUUAUGAAUGUCCAUGAUCCAACUACUAAAAAUCGUUAGGGUGCUGAUUCUGGAACAUAAUAUAGAUCAAUUAUUCUUUACAGUGAUGAAGAAUAAAAGAAUAUAGCUCAUCAAAUAAUAUCUGAAAUCAAUAACUCUAAGUUAUAUCCAAAUCCAGUAGUAACAGAGGUUGUUCCAUUAACUAAGUUCUAUGAAGCAGAAAAAGAUCAUUAGAAUUUCUACAACUUGAAUUAAAACUACGGAUAUUGCAAAGCAGUAAUAGAUCCUAAACUUAAGAAAUUCUUAACAAAAUACAAAGAAUUUUCUUAGUGAUUGGAAUUGCUUUUUUUAAUUAAAACACAAGUAAAAAAAUAAAUUAAAAAAACAAAUGUAUAAAAUAUUGCUUAAAAGUUUGAAAUUUUUUUAAUUUAAGUAAAAAUAAACUAAUAUUCUCUUUUUGUUUUUUGUUAUAUAUGAUAAUUUUAUUAAUUCUAACAUUUUAUAUCG